CGGCUGUGCUGAUAGUUAUCUGUAGUUAUCUUUAAAACAUACCUUUAAGAUUUUUAUUGUUAUUUUAACGAAACCGACGCAACAAUUGACCAAAAUAUUUAAACGAUUGGUCGUUUGUUCUUUGAGUGUAUUAUAGAUUACCAAUCACAAAAGCAAUACAUUCAAUGCUUUAUGCUGCAUUUAUGCCAAUAAUUAAUAAAUGUAUGACAGAUGUAAAGUGAUAAGCAACCGGCAACACAGAUAGAUACCAUAAAUAUGGCUUUGCGCACAUAUGGUGAUAAACCUAUAAGUUUUCAAGUAGAAGAAAAUGGAGAGUACUAUUGUAUUGGAUCUGAAGUGGGCAAUUAUUUACGCCUAUUUCGAGGAUCAUUAUACAAACGUUAUCCUGGAAUGUUCAGGAGAUCCAUUACAAAUGAUGAGCGUAAAAAGCUAGUAGAACUUGGAUUAAGCCAACAUGUACUUGCAUCUAGUGUAUCACUUUUAAGAGCUAGUGAAGUAGAAGAUAUUAUUGAAGGCAAUGAUGAUAAAUAUAAAGCUGUAUCAGUACAUUCAACAGAACCUCCAGCCCCUAGAGAAGGAAAAUCAAAAAAAUCAAUGCCUUGGGUGCCUAGUUUACCAAAUAGUUCACACCUAGAUGCUGUGCCUCAAGCCACACCUAUUAAUCGUAAUAGAGUACAUAAUAAGAAAGUCAGAACAUUUCCCUUGUGUUUCGACGAUACAGAUCCAUCAGCAAAUUUAGAAAAUGCAGCUCAACAGGAGAUGCUGGUUCCAAUUCGUUUAGAUAUGGAGAUUGAGGGACAAAAGUUGAGAGAUACUUUUACAUGGAAUAAAAAUGAAAGCCUUAUAACACCAGAACAAUUUGCUGAAGUUUUAUGUGACGAUUUAGAUUUAAAUCCAUUAACAUUUGUGCCAGCUAUUGCACAAGCUAUAAGACAACAAAUAGAAGCCUUCCCACAAGAAACCAUUCUAGAAGAUCAAUGCGAUCAAAGAGUUAUUAUUAAGUUAAAUAUACAUGUGGGUAAUACAUCUUUAGUAGAUCAAGUAGAAUGGGAUAUGUCUGAAAAAGAAAAUAAUCCUGAAAAAUUUGCAAUGAAACUGUGUGCUGAGUUGGGUCUUGGUGGAGAAUUUGUUACUGCGAUUGCUUAUAGUGUUCGCGGACAACUAUCAUGGCAUCAAAGAACAUAUGCGUUUUCUGAAGCCCCUCUGCCUACAGUGGAAGUACCUUUUAGGCCACCCUCAGAAGCUGAUCAAUGGGCACCGUUUUUAGAAACAUUAACAGAUGCAGAAAUGGAGAAGAAAAUACGCGACCAGGAUCGAAAUACGCGGCGUAUGAGACGUUUAGCAAAUACUACACCAGGAUGGUAAAACAUGUAAAUUGCAAUGAUAAAUUAAAAUGGUAACAAUAACAGAAUAUGGCAUCCUAUACGUCAGGGGUGAGGAACUGGCGGCCCACGAGCCGAUAUUAGCCCUUACUCCUACUUUAUAGAAAAGCAAACACCGCUACAAUCGUUUGACUCCUAUCAUACCAUUACUCCCUUCAAAUUCUAAAAGAAAGUAAAUGCAGCAAGUGGUAGUUAACAUGCUGAUAGUGAGAGAUCUGACUAACUCGGAAUGAAAUUCAUGCGGUCCACGGCGAAUAAAAAAUUCGUCGGCCCUGCUAUAUGUAAUUGAAUAGAAUUGCUCAGGGAACGUUCACUUUGUCCAUAUUUUAAUUUUCUUAAACCAUAAAUGUAACAACACUUUUAUGCUAAAUUUUAGACAGUAAAUAAAAUGCAUUCAGAUAUGCAAGUAUUUGCAUAUUUACCAGAAGUACGAUACAACAAAUUAAUGUAAAAAUAUAUCUAUGAUUUAUGGUCUGCCAUUCAAACAUUUGUUAUCUCAUUAUAGUCACUCUCUGUUUCCAUGUUUUUUAUUACACAUGGCUGUAUUCAUUAUUACUGUUACAUAACACAAAAAAUAAAAACGUUCCUGAUAGUAUGCCAUACUUCAACUGUUCAUGAAAUUCCAGGUUUGACGUUUAACGGGAUAAGGCUACGGACAAACGGAAACGAAUC